AGAGACAAGCUGCUCUGAUUCGUGAUCGUGAUCUUACAAAUACUCCAAAUCAGACUUCCGAAUCAACGAACCGUAAAAGUGAACAGAACAUUUCCAAGAAUAAUUGAUGUAAUCUCAAAAAACUAAUUUAGAUAACGAGUGUUCGAUUCUGAUUUGAAAAGCUUCGUUCGAUGAAUCACAAUUACAGUUUACAGAUCAAGUGUUCUUACCCAGCUACCGCCAAGUACUCUUCAAUACUUCCGGAGUGUGUCAGUAUAAAAGUAUUAUGUGUAAAUCAAUCUUUAGAAAUUUGAUUAAUUGAAAUGAUCGAUUAGGAAUGAUACGAUAAUCUUCCUGAAACUGAUUUUUAAUAGAGAACAUCGUAUGUUUCAAAAUUCAAUGUUGCAAUGUUUCUGUAAAUACUUCGAGCUUCUAGAUUAAUUGAGUAAGCGAACUACUAUUUAUUUUUGUUCAGCUGGUUCUGUUAUCCAGUACCUUAUUGAACUUUUUUCCUGAUGACUUGAAGUUUGUGAUAUUUAAGCGAUAGAAUAUUUGAGAAAAAUCAAGAAAAAUUGCACCGAAUGAAAAUGAAGUAUUUGUUGAUAUUAUUGAUGUAUUUCGUUCUAUCGUUAGUUCCCUCCCCUCAUUACGUCGAAUCCACCCCAAACGAACUAACAACAUCGACACAGAGCCCCGGACUCUUCGGAUAUUUUGGUAAUUUAUGGAAAAAGUCAUGGAGCAAUAACGAAAUACUAAAUUCAACCCAGACAUCUACUCGAACUCGUGUAUCAGUUGGACACACCAGAGUUCAUAGAGCGAUUGAAUCUUCAACGACGGAAUCUGCCGGAUUAUUCAAUCACGUCAAAAACUGGAUGGGUGUUAUUAGGGAAAAAAUUCCUUUAAAUAUGCAAAAGAGAACUUCAAAAGGAACCAUUUCUGUGGAAUCGAACAGCAGUACUUCGACUAAUUUUACCCACAGUUUUGAAUUUAAUAAUAUCUCAUCUAUCGUCGCUGAUCAUCCUGCUUCAUCGACUGUAAAUUCAACGACAGAUAUUGCCAGAUCGACUGAUACGAACACAGAAUCAACUAGUAAAAUUCUCGACAACUUUCCACAGCAGUCGUUGAAAAAAUCCGGUGAAUCCGAAUGGAGUGACAUGUCCUUUGCACCUACCUCGAAAGAACGAAAUACCCAAUCCGAAGAGCAAAACACUCUAUCCGAAGAUUUCGUUUAUCCGGAAAAAGUAAACCGUUAUAAUACUUGGAAGUUGGAAUCUUCCAGUUCAAAUGAACUAACCGAAUCUACCACCACACAGACCAGCGAAUUCACCGAAGGACCGGUUACAAAAAAUCGACUUUCUAACGUUAAUAAAUUAACUCCUGCGUAUUUUUCAUUCUAUAAUGCUGAAGAUCUCGUUAGCAAUGGUAUGGAAAAGGAGGAUGAACCGCUGCCAACAGUACCGUCUAGGAUUUAUUCUAGCCGAACGAGGAAAAGAAAAUCAUCCAAAAUUUCCAAAAGGAAAACGAUGUCUGAAAGUUCGAACGAUUCUGAUUCUAGUGACAGUGACUAGGAUAUAAUUUUCAAUUGAAUUAUGAAGUAGGUACAUCUGCUUUGGAUAUAAAUGAUACCUAGUAAUGACUGACUGUAAAUAUUGAUGUAGUGUUUGGAAUAGAUUUAAGCGUUAUUUAUACUCAGUAUUGUAAAUAUUAAAUUCAUAAUUUAUGUUGGUAGGUAUGUAGGUAAAUUUGAUCUUGUACCACUGUUUGUGUGAAUUUUUUUUUAACCAAUUAAAUAUUAUUAAUUUUGUA